CAGGUCAGCUCAAACAUGGAGAGAGGAGCAGACAGACAAAGAGGAGAUGAUAGGGAGGUGUUGGAGGAAAAAGGCUCGGUGGAAAGGCCGUGGGGGGAGACAGAAGUGCUGGCUCUAAUGUCAGCUUGGGAUGAGGUUGGAGCUCAGCAUGUAGCUGAGAGCAGAGCCACAUUUGAGUUGAUUUCAGAGCGUCUGAGGCAGCUCAGAGUUAUGCGCAGCUGGAGGGAGUGCCAGGCCAAGAGCAAGAGCCUGGGACUUCAGAGCAGGACGGCUGACACAGCAGCAGGCACAUCAACUAACUAUGGCUCAGGACUGGAUGGAAGGCCGGCGGAGAGCUGGGACAAAGAUGUGGGUAAUCACAGAGGUAUCUACCCUUCCUCAGUCCCAGUGCAUGAAGCAGGAAUCAAGAGUCGAAUCCACCCAACACUCCCGUACGUUCCAAAUGUGACUGAAGAAGGAGGGCGCCACUGGACAGACGAUGAGGUGCGGGCCUUGCUGUGCGUCUGGGCCGACAGGACCAUUCGGGAACGCUUGAAAAGUACCCUGCGCAACAAGUGCAUCUUCCAGGAAAUGGCCCGUCAGAUGCAGAGGAAGUUUGGAGUGGUACGCAACUGGAAACAGUGCCGAACCAAGUACAAGAACCUAAAAUAUGACUACAAGACUGCUAAAAGUGCUCAUGCCGCUGGAGGCAGCAGCGCAGGAAGCCCUGGGAAGUACAUGAAGUUUUUUGAAGAGGUGGAAACUAUUCUGCUCAACCAGGGUCUGGAAAAUGGAAGCGUGGAGAUGCAGAAGAGACUGUAUAAUGGAGACGUGAGAGCAGAGAGGCUACAAACACCACCUGACAACACGAGACAGGUGGCGGCGUCAGAGAGCGAGAUUGUCAUAGAAAUUGACGAUGACGAUAACAGCGAUGGUUAUGACGUUGAUGGAGAAACACAAUGGAGAGAAGCAGAGGCCCAUUUAACACACGCAGAUUCAUCAGGUUCUGACCAGUUCCACGUGGUCACAUUGUCAGACACAGGCCGAAACUGGAGCGACCAAGAAGUACAGGCACUCAUUCAAGUCUGGGCCGACGAACGCAUAUGCAAGCAGCUGGAGAGCUCCACCAGAAAGAGGGACAUAUUUGUCCAGAUCUCCAACAGAUUACUGCAACAAGGCAUUGAGCGGGACUGGAAGCAAUGCCACACCAAGUACAAAAACCUCAAGUACCUGUACCGGUCCCUACACAGAGGCAGGGCUGACGAAGCGGAGCGAAAACGCCUCAUGAGGUUUUACGACGAGGUGGACGGCAUCAUGACUCACGGUGCAAACGGAUCGUCACCUGCAGCUGUUGCAAACUCAAGCAUGAUUACGGUCAUGCAGGACUGUGAGGAACAUCGUCAGGAUGACAUUUACUUAACAAAAACAAAUCCGGUGACAACAGUAGACGAAAGAACUUGUAGUUCGGAUUCUUCUGUAUCUACUGAAGCUGCAUCAAAUCCAGAUCUGAGACCACGAACAACCACGGAGCUCCACUUGGAUCAGCACCACAAACUGAUGAACCGUUCAGAAAGUCUGGCAGAAAAGGCCGACGUGUUUUCAGCUCGUAGAGGAAUGAAGAGAAGAGCUGUGGAUCAAGACUCCAAACUUCAGACACCAGCAAAAAGACGAACAGCUGAUCCUGCCGACAAAGCGGGAUCCCAGUGCAAGGAGGAGCAGGAGCACGUCCCAAUAAUAAAGAUCAAAUCUGUCUGUUCAAUGGCUCCUCCUCACCCAGCCCCACUAAGACAGGGCAUUUCAACCCCGACCAGCACCAUGGCCUCCUCAGAUUUAAACGUGGGCAAGAAGCUUAAUGAGGGAAAGACCAAGCAGAUUUUUGAGCUGGUGGACCAGCCUGGAUUGGUCCUGGUCCAGUCCAAAGACCAAAUCACAGCUGGGAACGCUGCGAGGAAGGACCAAAUGGAGGGAAAGGCCUCCAUUGCCAACAAAACGACGUGCUGCGUGUUCAAACUUCUCCAGGAAUCUGGCAUUAAGACUGCCUUUGUGAAGCAGCACUCUGAGACGGCCUUCAUCGCAGCCCACUGUGAGAUGAUCCCCAUCGAGUGGGUGUGCCGCAGGGUGGCGACUGGGUCCUUCCUAAAGAGGAAUCCAGGAGUCAAAGAGGGCUACCGCUUCUCCCCGCUAAAAAUGGAGAUGUUCUUUAAAGACGACGCCAACAAUGAUCCCCAGUGGUCCGAGGAGCAGGUUCUGGCUGCUGAUUUCAGUCUAGCUGGUCUCACUAUUGGUCGGUGCGAGGUGGACAUCAUGAACCGCAGCACUGUGGCCAUCUUUGAGAUCCUGGAGAAGGCUUGGGCAACUCAGAACUGCACCCUGGUAGACAUGAAAAUCGAGUUUGGUGUGAAUGUAAAAACACAAGAAAUUGUUCUGGCUGAUGUGAUUGAUAAUGAUUCAUGGAGGCUGUGGCCUGCUGGAGAUCGGAGCCAGCAGAAAGAUAAGCAGGUGUACAGAGACUUGAAAGAGGUCACUCCAGAAGCUAUGCAGAUGGUGAAGAGAAACUUUGAGUGGGUUUCUGAAAGUGUCAAG